GAUAGAGUGGGCAUUGUACCCAUCCGUGAGUUGUCAGAAUUCCGUAUUUCGAGUUGUUCGGCGAUCGGUGCGGAUGUUGUGCCUUAACUUACAGGAGUCGUGAGUAUCGUGAUGCAUAAUAAUAAAUAACAAUAAACGUCUCAAUACAAGUGUAGAUCGUAUUUAACUUGUAAAAUAAUGGCUGUGAUGAACAGAAUUGUUAGUGGUCGAGUUAAAAUGUGCCGGUUGCAGAGUGUUGUUUUGUUUUUCGUGAUGUUUGUCGCCGAAACUGCAUUUGCAAAUCCUGCCAGUUGCGAACUAGUCAGAAAAGAUAUGGAAUUGAGGGGCAUUCCUAAUGCAGAUGUGCUCGUGAAACCUCAAAACGGCUCGAUAUGCGGCGAAGGAAGUUGUUGUAGCACGAGGUUAGAAGAUAGUUUAGAAAAAAUUAGCCGGCAGUAUAUGGACAAGUAUAUCAAAGACGCAGUUUUGAAAGUAUCUUCAUUGAUAGAGACGAGAGCGAAAAAGUUUGAUGAAAUAUUUCGCGACAUGAUGAACAAUUCUAAACUGGAGUUCCAUAGCAUGUUUCAAAGGACGUAUGGGAAAAUAUACUUGGACAAUGCAGAAGUUUUUAGCGACUUCUUCAAUGAACUCGAGACUUACUAUAGAAAAGGCACUGUGCGGUUGUCUGAGACGAUGGAUACCUUUUUCGGUAUCCUCUACCAGAGGAUGUUCACCGUUCUCAAUGCUCAGUAUCAGUUUGAUGAUAAGUAUUUGGGUUGUGUCACCGAACACAUGACCGAACUCAAUCCAUUCGGUGAUGUGCCUUACAAGCUGAGUCAUCAACUCUGUCGCGCCUUCAUCGCCACCAGGACCUUCUACAAGGCUCUCAUGAGGGCGGCGGAAGCGGCUCGAACGGUUACCUCGCUGGCCAUAGACGACGAAUGUUCCAGCAGCAUGACCGUCAUGCAACAUUGCGGUCAUUGCAGGGGCGAGGUAGGAGCAGGAGCAUGUUGGCGGUACUGUGCGGAUACGGUGACGUCGUGUUUGAGGCAUUAUAUUCAGCUGAGCGAUAGUUGGGACUCGUUUGUGGAUGCCAUCGACAAAGUGGCCGAUCGCCUCAUCGGGCCCUACAACAUCGAGACCGUGGUCGAGCCGCUCAACAUCAAAAUCUCCGAGGCCAUCAUGAACUUCCAGGAGAACGGCAAGGACGUAUCCCAGAAAAUCUUCCAGAAGUGCGGCAAGCCGGCCUUGAUUCGGCCGACCAGGCGAGCGGUGUACGAGAAUCAGCCGGAAGACAACCCAAAUCUGGAGAUACAGGAGGAUCCGCUCAAGAUGGGCGGCGGCCAGUCGAAGAAGAAGCACAAGAAGGUGACGGAAAAGCCGGACACCGGACCGAAUUUGGACAAGUUAGUGACCGAAAUUAAAACGAAAAUAAAAGAUACGAAAAAAUUCUGGUUACAGCUACCUUACCAGUACUGUAGCAACGAGUCGAUCUCCGCCGGACCGAGCGACAACGGCAACUGCUGGAACGGUACCACAGUGGGCACCUACGACCAAUCCACGCCCAAAUCGACCACCAGCGAAAAUUCGCUCAUCAGCGAACAAAUCUUCGUCUUGAACGGCAUCACGGAGAAACUGAGGAAAGCCUACCAAGGCAUGGAAGUGGAGAUAAUCGACGACACGGAAGAAUCCUUCGACGGAAGCGGUUCGGGUUCCGGGGACGGUGGCGACGACGAGGAUAACGACCAAGAAGAGAACUACCCCGACACCAAAAAGAACAGUGACCUCAAUUUCAACAGAGGAGAAGAGGGCUAUCCUACGAUUCCUCCUUCGAGCAGUACAGCUCCCCCGGAAGUCGUAAGGACAUCUAGUGCUAAUACUAAUAAUUCCAUGUCGCUUGCCAGAGCGCUAGUCCAAUACCUAGUGCCCUUGGUGAUGGCGUGGUUCGGUGGUGCCAUUAAAGACUUGCUGUGAUAUUUGUAAAUGUUUGUAAAUAAGAGGAACGAAUUUUGUGUGGUAUUAGAAAAUAAUUGACGGACCUAUUAAAGGACAUACGGAUGUGACUGUUGAAAAAAAUUCGGGUUGGCCGAUAUAUAUCCAACGUUGUGUCACAAAACAUUCAAAACCAGCUGGUUAUCUUAUUUAUUAAGACUAUUAUAACCCAGCUUAUACAACAACAUGAUCUGGAAAAAUUCUUCUAUUCUAUUAAUUUAGAGGUCGUGGCUUAUGACUGACAAUUCCCAGUUUACUAUGCAUUUUAAUUAGCAUUGCAUUUUUUAAAAGCUAACUGGUUAUGAAAUAUUUCUUCUUCACUGCCAUAUCUUCUACUACUUCCAUACAGGGUGGGUCAAAUUUGACGCUUUUAAAGGGAAACGCCGUUUUCUAUAGGAGAUGACGAAAACUAAUGUCGA